AAAAUAAACUCCAAAUAAAUAAGGCGCCAACAACAUAAACCCUAGCCAACAAAAACCCCUCUUCACACAGAACGGAGAGAAACAGAAAGUGUCGGCUUUGACGAUUUUCUUUUAUUAUUUUGAUCAAAUUCAAAGGCUUUCUGGGGAGUUGAGGUGGAGCCAGGAAAGCCUUUCACUCUUAAGGCUACCGAAUUUAGAAGACUUCACCUCUCCCAGGCGACAUUGGUGCUUGGUAAUGCAACAACUAGAAGCAUUCAUCAGUGUAACGUUGGGAACAAAAGUACACUCGUCUUAUGUAUCUUGUCUCCUGAAAAGGCCGAUUCUUGCCAAUUGAAUGUUGAGUUUUCGUUUAGUUUAAUUCUCUGUACGAGUGUCUUUCGGUGGAUAAAUCAAAGCAGUAACUCUGCAUUUAAUGAUAAUCUUAUCUUCUUUCCAGUAUAUGUUAAGGAGAUGGCAGCUAAAACAAAGGGCAAGAAAACAAAUGGAAAAGAUGGAAGAGAAAGGAAGAAGCUUCAUGUCUCUGAAUCAGAUUCUGAUGAAACUUUAGCUAGAGCUGAUGACUUCUCACACUUGGCAUUAGGUUCGCCAGUCGAACUUCUUGCCUUUGAUCUUGUAACCCUUGGAGGCAAAGGCAAAGGCAAAGGCAAAGCCGCAAAGGAAAGACCUUUCGGAGUCGUCAUUCGGGUUAUGAGGUCAAAGGCAAGAAGUUACACUUCAGAAAAUGGCGAGUCUAAUGCAAAGUGUGACAAGUCAUCAAAAGCAAACACUCAAACCCACAAGACUCUGAAUAAAAGGAAGAUCGAAUCAUCAAGUGAUGUAUUGCCCUCUCAGAAUGGUGUCGCAACUCCAUCAAAGAAGAUGAGGAAAGGAGAUAGAGCAGAUAAAAACUACAGAGAGCAAGAAACAAAAUCCGCAGAAAGUGCAAUGGCGGAAUCUUCGAGUCUCAUGUUAAAAGCCACAGAACUUUUCGCGACUCCAUGCCACGAAGCGUUAGAGCACGUUCUCUCUCAACUCUGUCUGGGUCAAGAAACCACCGAAUUCAAGGCGGCGCGUGCUCUCUACAACUACUGCUCCUCUAAUCUCGCAGAUUCCAUAGCGAUAAAGCUUCUUAAGGUGUAUCGAUUCUCUUCCAAUGGCGUCGUCAGAUUCCAAUCGCUCUUUCUCCUUUCUGAACUCCUCUCCGAACUCAGAAACCGGAACUUCGAACUCCCUGGCGACGCACUCGACGAGAUCAAGCCCCUUCUGCUUUCAUGCUUGACGAUGCAAGAAACGGAUGAAUCUGAAAUCGUAAUCUUCAGACGAAUCGUUGCUUUCGUAACCUACAAUGUUAUGAUCUUAGAUGAUGGCCGAUGGGACGAGCUCAGUGAUUGCAUCUUCGAAUUCGCGGAUAUCGAUCCAAUAAAGGCUUUCCAUGUCUUCGUCGAUUUGCCACCAGUCUACGCGAAUUUCAUCUACAGGUUUAUGCACAUGAUCCUGGAGAAAGCAGAGAAGGUUUUGCUUAAUCCUGAGCAAGAUCGAGCCGGAGAUUGGAGCUUGGCUUUAGAAACUCUUGUGAAAUUGGGGAUUCAGCUUUUGGAUUCAGAGUUGAGAAUUGAUGUGGUAAAGAAUGUUCUUGCUGUUCUUGUGAAGUCAGCGAGUGAGCUAGUGGAGAAAGGAAUGGAACAGUUUCUGCUAAGAGGGCUUGAAGGUCUCGAGAGGUUUCUUGUACGAGACAAGGAUUUGUUUAACUACAAUAAAGAGCAAUGCGAUUUUGUUUCGGGCUUCAUGUUCAAGAUCAGAGAACUCGGAGAACACACCAAGGACGCUGCGAAGAAGAUCAAUCGCUUGGUUAAGUCUCUUCACAAUCCAGUCACAAUACUACAACAGCCACAGGGACAGCCACAGGAACAGCCACAAGAACAAAGAGUAGUAUCUGAUCGUGAACGGUUCAAUACUCUAAACAGUUUAUCGCCACUUGAAAUCUUAAGAAUCUUUGAGUCAAAUGAUCAGGAAGAGAGUUUCAGAGAUAUGGCGAUCAGAAGGCUAAACCUUUUGCUCUCUGAACACACUUCUAAGGAUGUGGAGAUAGAGAUCUCAGUGAUAAGAGAGCUUCAGCCAUUGCUCAUCUCUUGCCUUUCGAAAGAAGGAAUCUCCGAGAGCAUGUUCAAAGUCCUUGGUGAGGUUGUGUACCACGUUGCCUAUGAAAUGAUGAACUUACAGGUCGAGGUAUGGUACGGUCUAAGAGACUACCUCGUAUCAAAAAGCCAAACAGAGUUCGAGAGAGCGGUUUAUAUCUUCCAGUGUUUAACAAUUUGGCUUGAAGAGGACAAGUUUGUGGUUCCUGUGAUGGAGAGUCUUCUCCCUGAGAUAACCGCAAGGCUAAACCCACCGACAGAGGUUUUGGUGGAUAACAGUUGCUGGGUCUUGGCGUUUGUGGGCGCCUUCUGUGCUAUCAUUCACAUGUUGGAGAUCACAAGCCGCGCUGAAUCAGUCAAGGAGAUUGCAGAUAAGAUAAUAGAUUCGGUGAUAAAGCUUGUCGAAAGAGGCAUGGAGGUUGGUCUUGUGAGGAGAGGUUUCAGAGAUGUUGAAAGCAUUGUGAAGAAACAUGACGGAUGGUUCGCUAACAAGGAAUACGAAUUCGUUAAGGGUCUGGUUCAGAGACUUUAUGAGAUCAAAGGAAUGACAAUGGAAAGCAAGAUGGUGUUGUGGAGAAUAAAUUUGCUUGUGGACAGAGGAGUUGCUGAGUUUGCUAAACAGAUCCCA